AUGCAGCGAUCUACUUAUACUUUGGAUUUGGAAAAGGACAAAGAAAAACCACAGGAGAAGUGGCACUUGAACAUGGAAACUGAGGAACCAACCUGUGAUCUAAAGAAUAAUAACUCAGACAGUGUCUCCUGGAAGCUUCCAGCAAUAGGUCCUCCUCGCCAGGUGGGAAGGAUGGAGUCACCCUCCCCAGAGGCACAGCACCCCCAGAGCCUAUCAAAGAAGCAUUUUGAAAGCCACGGAAACCUCCUUCAGUUUGACCGGCAAGCACCAGGGCGCAUUUCCACCUCUCCUACCCUGAGAAGACUGAGAGGCAGUGUCUGGGGGGCUUCACACUCACAGCUUCAGCAAAAUGCCUUGGCAGUGCCCACUUGUGGAAACUGGAGGGAUGCAGGCUCCUCACCUUGCCUUUCCAAGAGUCUACCUGGGAGCCCAAAGGAUUCUUCCCACUUCCUGUCACCCUUGAGAUCCCACACAAGGUUGCCUUCAAAUCCUGGAGUGUCCAUCAAAUCAACUGACACAGUCCAGCCACAAAACAAGCCCACUGAUGAAGAUGCCCUUCCUGCACUCCAGCCUAUCAGAAAAGCAUCUCUCGACCAGGCCUCUUCUUCUGGGCUAGAAGGUCCCACACUGCCUAGCCCCACACUACAGUACCUGGAUUCUCAGGUAAUGCAGUAG